AAACUCUUAUUUUCUCGGAUCAACGUGGAACAUUUCCACGUCUCGAUGCUGCAAAAGCAUACAAAAAUGGGAGGGAGACAAGGAGGAAGAAUUGGUGGUUCGAUAUCGUCGAGGGUUUUCUGGUAUUCCUGUUCCUUGCAGAGAGAGAGGUGGGAGAAUUCGAUGGCGUCUUAUGGGUUACUGUCCCAUGCCGAGAGAGUGAUGGGAGAUGUAUGGGGUAAAGGAGAGGCUUUUCUUCCAUUUCUGCGAUGCUGCAAAACCAUACAAAGUAGGAGGGAGACAAAGAAGAAGAAAAGGAGAAGAAGUUGAACCCUUGAACUGGGAAAAGGAACGAACUUGUAGAGGCGAUUGAAUUGGGUUUGAAGAUUUGAGGGUUUUUUGGCGUCUGUUGCAGAGAGAGAUUAGGGGAUGGGUCUAGGGUUUGCAGAAAGCGAUUCAAGUGAGGGGCUAGGGCUUGAGGGAUGGGGCUCCAUCUCUGUUCUCGCUUGCAAAAACUUUCCGCUCUUCAGGUGCAUGAAGGCGACGUGGUCCUGGUCGACGGUGUCUUCCUUCACAGUUCUGGACGACGGUUCUGAACCUCUGGCGAUUCCGACUGAGAGAGAGGUCAAUAACAACAAGAGUAAAUCUGGGGUUGUGUACACAAUAAAAUAUGGAAUUUAGCCAAGAAAUUUCAACAACAAAGUUUAAACUUUUUGAUAUGGCAAAAAACAGAUUCUCUUGUUUCUCAAAACCCUCAAAUUUGACAGAUGGUCAGCUCCGGCCACAGUUGUGUGAAGGUGACAUGGUCCUGGUCGACGGUUCGGAAGCUCUGGCGAUUCUGACUGAGAAAGAGGUCAAUAACAACAAGAAGGGACUGACGCGUAUGCCUUGGCUGUCGUCGGAGACUUGGAUGAGUUUGAGGCCGCCGUCCUUGACGACGACGUUGAUGGAGGAGGAGCGGGCGUCGAGGCUGUUCUCGACGAGCUCUUUGACGGCGGAGACAGGGCGUUGGAUGACCUCGUCGGCAGCGAUUCGGUUCACCAGAGACUCUUCUAGGAGGUGAAUUUUGGGAGGCUCCGUCGCGACUUGCUCUUCUUCUUCUGCUUCAAUUUCCAUUUCCGUUGCACUGCCAAAAUUUCUAUUUUCGUUUGGAAGCGCCAAAUUUUCCCGGCACCGUCAAAAUGAAGAAGAAACGAGUUAUUUAUUAUUAUUAUUAUUUUUUUUUUUUGGUUCAAUAGAGGAGAGUAAAAUUAGGUUAAGAAUUGCGUUGCCAUUUAAUAUUACGGUGAAUAGUAUUUUUCUUUAUUUAUAAGUGAGAAAUUUUAGAUUCGAUUAUUACCAAUAACAAGUUUAAACUAGGUUAUUAUGGCUAGAUCAAUGUGAGACUUCAUUCUUCUA